GGUGAUAUUGGGGGAUUCCUAAAAGAUGGAUUCUGUGCUGAUCCUGGAGGUUUUCAGUCAGACAUUUUUUGCCAGCACUAAAAAUCAUUUUGAUGGGAAAAACUAAAGGAAUGAAAAUGCCUAUUCAGGAACAACAACAAUGUAGUGCGUGUGUAUGUGUGAGCAUUGGGUCUAAGCUGAGAGGAGUAAUGAGGCAACGAAUGCUGGGUCCGGACCUCUGGCCAUUGCUCCUCUGUCUCCAGCUGCUGUGGCAGGUUGGUGAGGGCAAGUGUGUCAAGGACAAUUAUGUAAUCAAUGUGAUGCAGAUGAAUCACUCAGACCUUCCAUGGACCUUCGAUAAAAUAAAACCAGCUGUGCAGCUGGGACUACGUAUUGUAGAAGAGCAGCUGCAGAAGGCAGGAAAAAAUGUGACAAUCAAUGCCACCUACCAUGGCUUCAACACAUCACUGUACAUCUCACAGGGCUGUCGCACUACCACCUGUGAAGGUGUGGAGGUCAUCAAGCAACUCUAUAAUAGUGACACACUUGGCUGCGUUGUCCUGGGACCCAUUUGUACUCAUGCCACGUACCAGAUGGUCUCCGUUGACACAAUAUUGGGCCUCCCUCUGAUCUCUGCAGGGAGCUUUGGGCUGUCAUGUGACUAUAAAGACAACCUAACUCGAAUCCUGACUCCAGCCAGGAAACUGAUCUACUUCUUCGUUGAUUUCUGGAAACAGUCCAAUUUGCCAUUCAAAACCAGCUCCUGGGAAUCCACUUACCUCUACAAGACAGAUAACACCACAGAAGACUGCUUCUGGUACCUCAAUGCACUGGAGGCUGGAGUCUCAUACUUCUCUUCAGAGGUGAAGUUCAAAGAGGUUUUAAGGACACCAGAACAAUUAAAGAAAAUUGUGAAGGAUCAGAACCGGAAAAGCAAUGUGAUCAUCAUGUGUGGCUCCCCAGCUGAGGUCGAGACAAUCCUAGGGGAAGAGAAAGUGGAUGAGGACAUAGUCAUCAUCCUGGUGGAUCUUCACAACAACAUCUACUUUGAGAACAACACCAAAUCAGACAGUUAUAUGCGGAAUGUCCUUGUCUUGACGCUGCCACCACCCAGUUACACACCGAAUUCCACGAAUUCCACAGAAGAACGCCUGUUGAAUAAUGACUAUAUUGUCGGCUAUUUGGAUGGAGUCUUGCUCUUUGGACACGUCCUGAAGAAACUUCUGCUUUCCCAACAGUCAAUUGAGAGUCCCACUAAUUUCAUUGAACAGUUUCGGAACGUCACAUUUAAAGGUGCAUUGGGUCCAGUGACCCUGGAUGAAUUUGGAGAUCUUGAUGUCAAUUUGUCCCUGUUAUAUACAUCAGUAGAUACCUAUCAAUUCCGGACCCUCCUGCAGUAUGACACUCAUCAGAAUAAGACAAAACCAGUGACUACCAGCCCAUCUUUCAUCUGGAGGAACCAGAAGCUUCCUAAUGACAUUCCAAACACCGGCCCGCACAUCCUGACUAUCGCUGUCUUUGCACUCACUGGGACCGUGGUGUUGGUUCUGAUCAUCGCUCUGCUGGUGUUGAGAAAGUACAGGAGAGAUAUUGCACUUCGGCAGAAGAAAUGGUCUCACAUACCCCCUGACAAGAUCCUGCCUCUGGAAACCAAUGAGACAAGCCACGUCAGUCUGAAGAUUGAUGAAGACAAGAGGCGUGACACAAUCCAGAGACUGCGCCAAGCCAAAUAUGACAAGAAGGUGGUGAUCCUGAAAGAUCUCAAACACAAUGAUGGGAAUUUCACAGAGAAACAAAAGAUAGAACUGAACAAGCUCCUCCAGAUCGACUAUUACAACCUGACAAAGUUCUAUGGCACAGUGAAGAUGGACACGAUGAUCUUUGGGGUGAUUGAAUACUGUGAGAGAGGAUCAUUGCGGGAUGUCUUAAAUGAUAAGAUCUCCUACCCAGAUGGCACCUUCAUGGACUGGGAGUUUAAAAUCUCUGUCAUGUAUGAUAUUGCCAAGGGAAUGUCCUACCUGCACUCAAGUAAAACUGAGGUCCAUGGCCGCCUCAAGUCCACAAACUGUGUAGUGGACAGCCGCAUGGGGGUGAAGAUCACUGAUUUUGGCUGCAAUUCCAUUCUUCCUCCAAGGAAAGAUCUGUGGACAGCUCCUGAACACCUUCGUCAUGCUGAUGUGUCUCAGAAAGGUGAUGUGUACAGCUAUGGAAUCAUUGCACAGGAGAUCAUCUUGCGCAGGGAGACCUUCUACACUAACUGCUGCUGGGACCAUAAAGAGAAACUUUACAGAGUGGAGAGUGGCAAAGGAGUUAGACCCUUCCGCCCAGACCUGGUCCCAGAGACUGCAGGAGAAGGAGAGCUGGAAGUGUAUAUGCUUGUAAAAAGUUGCUGGGAGGAAGAUCCAGAGAAAAGGCCUGACUUUAAGAAACUUGAGAGCACUCUGGCUAAAAUAUUCAGUAACUACCAUAGUCAGACCAAUGAAAGCUACAUGGAUACCUUGAUCCGGCGUCUGCAGCUGUAUUCCCGGAACCUAGAGCAUCUGGUAGAGGAGAGGACGGAGCUCUACAAGGCAGAAAGGGACAGAGCAGACAGGCUUAACUUCAUGCUGCUCCCACGGCCAGUGGUAAAAUCUUUGAAGGAAACUGGGCGGGUAGAGCCAGAGCUGUUUGAAGCAGUAACCAUCUACUUCAGCGACAUUGUCGGCUUCACCACGCUAUGCCAAUACAGCACCCCCAUGGAAGUGGUGGACAUGCUCAAUGACAUCUAUAAGAACUUUGACCACAUUCUUGACCAUCACGAUGUUUACAAGGUGGAGACCAUUGGUGAUGCGUACAUGGUGGUGAGUGGCUUACCAAAGAGAAACGGCAACCGCCAUGCAGUGGACAUCUCUAUGAUGGCACUGGAUAUCCUUAGUUUCAUGGGGUCCUUUGAAUUACAACAUCUUCCAGGCCUGCCUGUUUGGAUUCGCAUUGGGAUUCACUCUGGUCCAUGUGCGGCUGGUGUGGUUGGGAUUAAGAUGCCUCGUUACUGUUUAUUUGGAGACACGGUUAACACAGCUUCAAGGAUGGAAUCCACAGGUUUACCUUUACGGAUUCAUGUAAGUGGGUCUACUAUCGCCAUCCUGAAGAGGACAGACUGCCAUUUCCAGUAUAAAAUGAGAGGAAAGACUUACCUAAAGGGCAAAGGAACUGAGAUUACCUACUGGCUGACAGGGGUGAAGGACCAGCAGUAUAAUCUCCCAACACCUCCUUCUGUGGAGAAUCAGCAGCGGUUGCAAGAUGACUUAGCAGGGAUGAUAACAGAGUGUCUGGAGAAAAGGCAAACUGAAGGGGUCCCGGUGCAUGAGCCUUCCCGAGUGGCCAGCUACCGAAAAGGCACCCUAGAGUACCUGCAGUUCGCCACCACAGAAAACUCCAGCACCUAGCUGUAAAACUGGAUGUCUAGUGGUACAUAAAAACCAUGUACAGGCUCUGGAAGAUACUACACAGAAGCUGGAGACUGGCACUCUCAGGGGGAAAAACAAGACUGUUCUGUCUUUGGGAAAUGUCUCUACCACUUGGCUUUUUAUCAGUGAAUCAGAUAGAUCCUUUGCUGUGAUGCCAAAAUGUAGUUGCCUCCAUGCUUGCUGCAUUUUCCCAAUCACCUGAUUGCUUCACCCUGGCACAUCCACCCUGAUUUGGGGAAAGAGAAAAUAUCCAUUUGAGACUGAAAGAUAUUGUCUAAUAUUUUUUAAAUGUGAUCAGCUGUUCAAUGACCCAUUUCCCAAAGUCUUCAUAGAGUCUUACUUUAUCAGGAUUUUAAACUUAGUGUUUAACUUGUUUUUAACUCUGUUAUUAUACUAAACAGAGAUUCUCCCUUAGCUCAAGUGGCAAUGAACUAUGUUUUUGGAGAUAAAUAUUAUGGGUUCCAUCCUCGAUGCCUUUCAUGUACAGGUUAGCACAGACCUCAUAUGUGCAGCCACCAAUGUAUUAUAUGUACAGUCCCUGAAUGCAGUUUUUAUUAGAUCUCUCCUCUCAUGCAUAAUUGGGGUCAUUAAUUCCUGUAUAAGUCCUUUGAUUUAAGUAGUUACACCACAGAUGAAUCAGUUGGCAUGUGUUAUUGUGUGUCUCCUGUCAACAUAUUCCAGUCCUGUGCAUUUCCUUGCCACAUAUAUCAUGGCAAAUUCAUAUUCAUUUACCCUCACUUAAAAAUAUGCACUCUGUUUCCAAUUUGAGUUUGUCUAGCUUCAAUUUCCAACCACUGGAUCUUGUUAUGUCUUUGUCUGCUAGAUCAAAGUGCCCUCCACUAUCAGAAAUCUUCUCCCCUUCUGCUAUUUCAAUCCCAAAUAUCUCCUGCUUGUUUUAAAAAGAAACUGCAAGGCAUUGCAUUCCAAAUGGCUUAGUGAGACAUACUUCUGCCCCCACCUGGAGAAGAUUUUGGUUGCACUUUUCACUUGCUCAUUUGAAGUCAUCUCACCAAAUACAACCUACAGCUGUCUUUGAUCAGAGUGAGAGCCUUGUGUUUUGGUUAAUGAGCAUCUACAUUUCCUCUUAUU